AUGGUAGACAGUCUAACAUUGUCCACGGUUGAACGCAAGCAAUUCAAAAGCGAUGUUUCGCCGUUGGGAUUUUUGGGAACUUCCAAAAAGAUGACACCGAAAAAGCCCCUAAGCGAGACUGAUCUUAAUUCGCUCAAAGCAAAGAAGGCUUGGGAAGUGGCCAUGGGACCUGCCAAAUCGAUACCAAUGAAUUUGAUUAUGGGUUAUAUGACGGGUAACUCAUUGCAAAUCAUUCCUAUCUCGAUGACGUUUAUGAUGCUUUUGAAUCCACUCAAAGCGAUAUUCACGGAAACCAAUCGAGUGUUCAAGGGUUUGGAACCACAAGACCAAGGCACGCUGCUAAUGCUCAAGUUUGUUUUCAUUAUUUGUCAACUAGCCAGCAUGACGAUCGGUAUAUAUAAGUUGUUCAAGAUGGGGCUUAUCCCUCACUCGGAAGCCGAUUGGCUCUCCUGGUUGCACCCUGUUCAAUUUGAAGACCGAGUACAGGUGUUAUGA